AGGUGAUAGGUACACGGCAGCGUAGUUAUUGAAAGUACUAUUGAAAAUUGAUAGAAACAUACACUAUUUUCUUUCAGUGGGUAAUUCGUAGUUGAAUCUUAAUUGGCAUUUGGUUGGGCAGUUGGGACAGCCAUUUCUGCUCUCAUCUCUACGAAAACAUGAAGUUCGGGAAGGAACUGGCUUCCCAGAAGGUUCAGGAAUGGGGGGAAGCAUACAUGGAUUACAACUCUCUAAAGGGAGUUCUGAAAGAUAUCUCCAGAUUCCGGCGACGGAAUGCGGCGGCGCAAUCAUCUGUUCCGGCGGCGGCGACGGCGACGCGGAAGAAUUCGUUGAAGAGAAGGCUGUCAAUGUACCGAGCUUUCAGCGGAUUGACGAAUCGAUUGAGCAGCCCGAGAGGCGGUACUCCGAGGAGCGAUCAUGAAGAUGAAGUUAUACUGGUGAAUGCUGUGGAGCAGGAAGGGAUUGGAGGGGAGCAGUAUCAAACAAUGUUCCUUAUGUCGUCGGAAGCGGGAGGAGAAUACGAGCUGGUGUUCUUCAGACGGCUUGACGAUGAGUUCAAUAAAGUUGUAAGGUUUUACAGAGAAAAGGUGGAGGAAGUGAGGAAGGAAGCGGAUGAGCUAAGCAAGCAAAUGGAUGCACUUAUAGCUCUCCGGAUAGUCGUAGAGAAGCCUCCAGUGGAUAUCAAUGCCGACCAGACAAGAGAUUCUGCAGCCAUUGAAGCUAAUAAGUCACAUAUGGAUGCAAUACAAGAAAUUGAGAUGAGCGGUGAAGAGGUUGGAGAAGAUGAUGGUGGAACAUCUGCAGGAACUGCGACAAUGGCUGAUCAGAACACAAGGAUUAUUGAAGAGAAGACUAACAACUUCACAGAUUUCAGGCCUGCUCCGUUACACGUGUUGUACGAUGUAAGAGUCAACAUCCAACCUGAAACUCCCAUCUCCACUUUGAAGAACAUUUUGAAGGCAUCAAAUUCUGAACUCAAAUACAGCCGGGCCGAGCUAAGGAAGGCUGAAGAAAGAUUGAGAAAGGCAUUCAUGGAGUUCUAUAGAAAGCUUAGACUUCUCAAGAGUUACUGUUUCUUGAACACAUUGGCAUUUUCCAAGAUCAUGAAGAAAUAUGACAAGAUCACUUCAAGGAAAGCUUCAAGGUCAUACCUAGAGAUGGUUGAUAAGUCUUAUCUUGGAAGCUCAGAUGAGGUUAGUAGACUCAUGGAAAGAACAGAAGCCACAUUCAUAAAGCACUUUGCCAAUGGAAAUAGAAGGAAAGGAAUGAGUGUUUUAAGGCCUCAUGUGAAGCGCGAGAAGCACAGAAUCACAUUUUUUCUUGGCUUGUUCUCGGGCUGUUCAAUAGCAUUAAUUGUAGCUAUUAUUGUUUCUAUACGUGCUAGAAAUCUUCUUCAACACCAAGGGAGUAAUCAGUUUAUGGAAAAUAUAUUCCCACUUUACAGUUUAUUUGGAUUCAUUGUCUUACAUAUGCUCAUGUAUGCUGGGGACAUAUACUUCUGGAGGCGAUACCGCAUAAAUUACCCCUUUAUAUUUGGCUUCAAGCAAGGAACAGAACUUGGUUAUCGAGAAGUUCUCCUCCUUGCUUCAGGCAUUUUUGUACUUGCUUUGGCUGCUGUUCUCUCGCACUUGGAUAUGGAAAUGGACCCUGUAACAAGAACUUAUAAGGUGCUCACCGAGUCAGUUCCAUUGAUCCUGAUUUCUGUUCUGCUAAUAAUAACAUUCUGCCCUCUCAACAUCGUGUAUCGAUCAAGUCGUUUCUUCCUCAUCAGAUGCGCCUGGCACUGCAUCUGUGCUCCUCUUUUUAAAGUGACCCUGCCUGAUUUUUUCUUGGCAGAUCAACUUACCAGCCAGGAAAAGGUGGAGGAAGCGAGGAAGGAGGCGGAUGAGCUUAGUGAGCAGAUGGAUGCGCUUAUAGCGUUUCGGAUCAUGGUAGAAAAACCUGAAAUUGAGCUUCAUGCUGCAGCUCAGAGAAAAGAUUCUGUAGCUGCUACAAAUGCCACAAAACAAGCCAAGUCAUAUAUGGAUGCAAUACAAGAAACUGAGAUGAGUGGUGAAGAUGGUGGAGCAUCUGCAGGCACUGCAAGAAUGAGUAAUGGUGAGAAGAAGAGAAGGAUGGAAGAAGAGAAGACUGAUAAUUUCACAAACUUUAGGCCUGCUCCACUGGAAGUGUUGGAUCACAUAAAAGUCAAUGUUGAGCCUGAAACACCCAUCUCCACAUUGAAGAAUAUUUUGAAGACAUCAAAUUCUGAUUUGAAGUUCAACAGAGUGGAGCUAAGUAAAGCAGAAGAAAGAAUGAGAAAGGCAUUCAUGGAGUUCUAUCAACAGCUUAGGCUUCUAAAGAGUUACUGUUUCUUGAACACAUUGGCAUUUUCAAAGAUCAUGAAGAAGUAUGACAAGAUCACUUCAAGGAAAGCUUCAAGAUCAUACUUAGAGAUGGUUGAUAAGUCUUAUCUAGGAAGCUCUGAUGAGGUUAGUAGACUCAUGGAAAGAACGGAAGCCGCGUUCAUAAAACACUUUGCCAAUGGAAAUAGAAGGAAAGGAAUGAGUUCUUUAAAGCCACACGUGAAACGAGAGAAGCACAGAAUCACAUUUUUUCUUGGCUUGUUCUCGGGCUGUUCGAUAGCAUUAAUUGCAGCUAUUAUCGUUUUGAUACGUGCUAGAAAUCUUCUUCGACACAAAGGGAGUGCUCAGUUUAUGGAAAAUAUAUUUCCACUUUACAGUUUGUUUGGAUUUAUUGUCCUGCAUAUGCUAAUGUAUGCUGGGGACAUAUACUUUUGGAGGCGAUACCGCAUAAAUUACCCCUUUAUAUUUGGCUUCAAGCAAGGAACAGAACUCGGUUAUCGAGAAGUUCUCCUCCUUGCUUCAGGCCUUUCUGUGCUUGCUUUGGCUGCUGUACUCUCACACUUGGAUAUGGAAAUGGACCCUGUAACAAGAAGUUAUAAGGUGCUCACCGAGUCGGUCCCACCAAUCCUGAUUACUGUUCUGCUAAUAAUAACAUUCUGCCCUCUCAACAUUGUGUAUCGAUCAAGUCGUUUCUUCCUCAUCACAUGCGCCUGGCAUUGCAUCUGGGCUCCCCUUUUCAAAGUGAGCCUGCCUGAUUUUUUCUUGGCAGAUCAACUUACCAGCCAGGUUCAGGCCAUCAGGAGCUUGGAAUUCUACAUCUGUUACUAUGGAUGGGGAGAUUUCAGAAAAAGAUUAAACAAUUGUCAGAACAGCGAAAUCUAUCAAAUCUUUAAUAUAGUUGUAGCAGUAAUCCCAUUUUGGAUUCGGUUACUUCAGUGCCUUCGUCGCUUAUUCGAGGAGAAAGAUCUUAGCCAUGGGGUAAAUGGCCUCAAGCACUUCACAACAGUAGCUGCACUGGUGCUAAGAACACUGUAUGAGCUAAAGAAAGGAGCAGCCAUGAGAAUCCUGGCUGCAGUCUUCUCAGGAAUCACGACAAUCGCCAAUACGUACUGGGACAUCGUUAUAGAUUGGGGUCUGUUGCAGAGAAACUCCAAGAACCCUUGGUUGAGGGACAAACUCCUUGUUCCAAACAAGGCAGUCUACUUUGCUGCAAUUGUGAUGAAUAUGAUACUGAGGCUUGUGUGGAUGCAACUAGUCCUGGAUUUUAAUCUGCCAUUCCUCCAUAAGAAAGCCAUGGUUGCCAUUAUUGCCUGUCUGGAAAUCAUCCGCCGCGGCAUUUGGAACUUUUUCAGGUUGGAGAAUGAGCAUCUGAAUAAUGUUGGCAAGUAUCGAGCUUUCAAGUCUGUGCCAUUGCCAUUUAACCAUGAAGUAGACAAGAGAUGAGAAACAUGUCUUCUUGUAUUUCGUAAGUCUUAAUAUGACUUUCC